CGAUUACUUAGCUCCAGAACACAGUCAUCCAACAGCAUGUAAUACUAUGAGUAAUACCAUAUAUUUUAUUUUUUUUUCAGAAGCCGCGGCCUACCUCAAAAAUAAGGAAUAUACUGUUUAUAUGUGCCCUAACGUUACUGUUAGUACAAUUAGCUUCCUCAGAAAGAGCAACGAGAAGAAGACUGCGUAGACCUCAGAAAUCCAGUUCAGAAACCUCCCUUACGACAAAAGACCAAGAUGUCUCUCCUAGCAUCACAAAGCCAAGGCGGACAAGGCCUGCACAUAGAAAAGCCUCAGAAAACGCGUUAUCAACAGAAACCAAGUCCAAGGAUGGCUACAAAGUUGUCUGUUAUUACACGAAUUGGUCCCAGUAUCGAGUUAAACUCGGUAAGUUCAUGCCCGAGGACAUCUUGCCAGACCUCUGCACACACGUUAUCUUCGCUUUCGGUUGGCUGAAGAAAGGAAAGUUAUCUUCAUUUGAAAGCAACGAUGAGACUAAAGAUGGCAAAGUUGGUCUAUACGAGAGGAUACUGAAGCUCAAGAAAGCUAAUCCUAGUUUGAAGACUCUUAUAGCCAUUGGUGGAUGGUCAUUUGGAACCCAGAAAUUCAAAGACAUGGUAGCAACAAGAUAUACUAGACAAACCUUCAUAUUUAGCGCGAUCCCAUUCUUGAGGCAGCGAGGAUUCGAUGGACUCGAUAUAGAUUGGGAGUAUCCUAAAGGAUCUGAAGACAAGAAAAACUACGUACUUCUGUUGAAAGAGUUGCGAGAAGCGUUUGAAGCCGAAGCUCAAGAAAUAAAGAAACCUCGCCUGCUUCUGUCAGCUGCAGUUCCCGUAGGUCCAGACAACAUCAAAGCAGGCUACGAUGUCCCAGCUGUAGCUUCCUACUUGGACUUCAUCAACCUGAUGGCCUACGAUUUCCACGGCAAGUGGGAACGGGAAACUGGUCACAACGCCCCUUUGUACUCUCCGUCCAGUGACAGUCAGUACCAGAAGCAGCUGAAUGUGGACUAUGCGGCGAGCCUCUGGGUGAAGCUGGGAGCACCCAAGGAGAAGUUGGUUAUUGGUAUGGGAACCUAUGGCAGGAGCUUCACAUUAAGUGAUCUCAGUAAGCAUGGGGUACACGCUCCAUCAAAUGGUGGCGGAAAGGAGGGUACAUACACAAAGGAGUCUGGGUUCCUGGCGUACUAUGAGAUUUGUGAGAUGCUGCAAAACGGCGCCACAUACUACUGGGAUGAGGAAAUGAAGGUACCAUACCUGGUCCAAGGUGACCAAUGGGUCGGUUUCGAUGACGAGAGAUCCAUCAGACAUAAGAUGAAGUGGAUCAAGGAGAAUGGUUUUGGCGGAGCUAUGGUAUGGACGAUAGACAUGGAUGACUUCACAGGAACAGUUUGUGGAGGAAAUGUGAAAUAUCCUCUCAUUGGAGCUAUGAGAGAGGAGUUAAGGGGAAUUUCUAGAGGUAAGGAUGCGAAAGAUAUGGAUUGGGAGACGAUAGCUGGUCCAACAGAGGAAGAGCUAGCGGAAGAGGAAGAGGAAGCUGAACUCAAAAAGUCUACGAAAAUUGAUGUCGCCCAAGUUCUCAAACGCGUCAGAAAACCAUCAAUCAAAAAAAGCAACAAGAACAGCUUACUGAAGACCAUAAACAAAAAAGUACGAGCUCCUCAAGUAUUCUGCUAUGUAACCAGCUGGUCUCGCAAGCGACCUAGUGCAGGAAGGUUCAUGCCCGAAGAUGUCGAUGCAUCACUAUGCACACAUGUUGUCUACGCUUUUGCUACCUUGAAGGAACACAAACUUGCGGAAGCUAACGACAAAGAUCCUGAUAUGUACGAUAGGCUAAUAGCUCUUAGGGAGAAGAAUGCCCAGUUGAAGGUCUUGCUAGCUAUAGGAGGCUGGGCAUUCGGUUCCACACCAUUUAAGGAGCUGACGGGCAACGUGUUUAGAAUGAACCAGUUUGUCUACGACGCCAUCGACUUUCUUAGGGAAUACAAAUUCAAUGGCCUAGACAUAGACUGGGAAUAUCCUAGAGGAGCUGAUGACAGGGCUGCGUAUGUAAACCUGCUUAAAGAGAUACGAGUCGCCUUUGAAGGUGAAGCUAAGAGCAGCGGACAACCGCGACUUCUCAUCACAGCUGCAGUACCAGCCUCCUUCGAAGCUAUUGCAGCUGGCUACGACGUUCCAGAAAUAGCGAAGUACCUUGAUUUCAUCAAUGUGAUGACGUAUGACUUCCAUGGACAGUGGGAACGAACUGUUGGACAUAACUCUCCUUUGUUCCCAUUGGAGAGUGCUACUAGCUAUCAGAAAAAGCUGACUGUUGACUACUCAGCACGCGAGUGGGUGAAGCAAGGCGCUCCCAAAGAAAAGCUGAUGAUUGGCAUGCCCACAUACGGUCGCAGCUUCGAACUAGCUAAUGAGACCCAAUUCGAUAUCGGAGCCCCAGCAGUCGGAGGAGGCACUCCUGGAAAGUACACCAACGAAGCUGGCUUCAUGAGCUACUACGAGAUCUGUGACUUUUUGCAUGAAGACAACACCACCUUGGUGUGGGACAAUGAACAACAAGUACCUUUUGCUUACAGAGGAAACCAGUGGAUUGGGUUCGAUGAUGAGAGGAGUUUGAAGACUAAGAUGGCUUGGUUGAAGGAAGAAGGCUUCGGUGGUAUCAUGAUUUGGUCUGUGGACAUGGAUGACUUCCGAGGAUCGUGUGGUGGAUCAAAAUAUCCAUUGAUCAAUGCAAUGAGACAAGAGCUGGAAGGGUAUAAGGUUAAGCUGGAAUUUAGCGGUCCUUAUGAAACGGCAGUCGGUUCUGGACAGUACACCACUAAAAAUCCAAACGAAGUAACUUGUGAGGAAGAAGAUGGCCACAUCAGCUACCACCCAGACAAAGCAGACUGCAAGAUGUACUAUAUGUGCGAGGGCGAAAGAAAACAUCACAUGCCUUGUCCAGCGAACCUGGUCUUCAACCCUGAUCAGAACGUUUGUGACUGGCCAGAGAAUGUAGCCAGCUGUCAACAGUUUACUCAAGCGCCACCCACAAGUUAAACAGUGAUUGUAUAUAGAAAUUUGAGAAAAUAUGUGACCUUGAAAAAUAUGUGCUUCAGGAAAGUCUGAUCAAUCGUAAUUGGAUUUUAAAUAGAUAAUGUACAUAGCAUGGAGAAAAUCUAGUGACGUGAUCAAAAACAGUUUUUAAAAUUCCAGUUAUUAUGGCCAAGAGGCAUACACAAUUUAUAGAGAGCUUACCCAGUAGUCUGAUUGCUAGGUCAAUAAUACGAUAGCGUGAUGAUGAUUCUUAAACAUAGGAUCCGAUUCAAGCAAAAAAAAUAAUUUUCAUGAAGAAACUGUAACAUCAUCAACUUGGGAAGUUUAUACCUUUAUCGCUUUGUAAACAAAAAAAUGAAAUUCACUGACAAUAGUGCAAGACUGUACAGAUAAAUUUCUAUUGUUGGGAAAUACCAUUUCAUAUGUUAAAUGACACAAUUGAUCUUUGUAACGUAGUAUGUACAUCUUACCAUAACAAUCUAUAAUGAUCAGUGUAACCAUUCUUCCUUACAUCUUCCCUCAAAUGAUAGUGUAAGAUUAUUGCAUAAGUAUAAUAAUUUUUCUUUCCAGCAACCAACCGUUUAUUUGUGAGUAUUUUAGUAACUAGCAACUGGACUAUGUUUUUGCAUUACUACUUCUUCUUAUUUCUAAGAAAAUUGUAGAACCUCGAUAUUCAUAGGAUUCAUUAUAUAAAAAAUCUCGAAAUACGUAGUUAUUUCUUCACAAGAUUUCAUAUAGCGAGAUUUCAUACGCAUAAAAGGGCUGCGUGGCUUUCGAAAUUACAAUUGCUUCCUUGGAAAAACCUAAUCUAAAUAAAAAAUACAUGUAUACUGAAUCGUACAAUACCACCCAACAACUUGACAACGUCAAAUAUUUAUGAUUCUUUAUAUUACUAUUUCUCAAUAAUAUCCAAGGUUGUUUGAGUGCUAGAAACAGUAUUUUGCAUAGUGUAUAUUUUUAGGUGAAACUGAAAUCAUUGGUAGACAGCUUCACACAUAGAGCGGAUCCAUAGAUACACCGACACAUUUCAGUGCGUAGAAUUCACUAUACCUUCUACGCAGCUCUGAAAUCUCAAUCAUGAUGCUAUGAUAAAAUCAUGGGUAGGGUUCAAUCGUGACAAAGUCAGUUUCUCUACUAUGAUGAAAAUAUCUUGUUAAACAUUAUAUCAAACAACAGAAAUGCUAAGAACUCUGUUAAUUUUCCGCUCGGUUGGCUGUACAUUAUAUCACUCCAUGUUGCUUGAUAAAGUAUAAUCAUUCGUGGAUCUGAAUAGAUUUUGUAGUUACUACUACUAGCAAUUUAGCAUCUAUGCUUAUAAGAGUUUCCAAUUUAUUUUUGAACAUAAUUUUUACCUUACACAACGUUGUCUUCUGAACUACGUAGUAUAGUACCUCUAGGAGAAAUCUUAUGACUGGAGUGGGUUCAGUUUCACCAAAGAAGUGUUCUAUAGGUAUUAGAAGUUCAGAUGAUAAUUGAAACAAAACUGUUUGCAAAAAUCUGCCUUGGAUCAAGGUAAUUAUCUAUUUUUUAUAUGUGAGUGAUGUCUGAUUGAGCUUUAAAUUGUAUCUUUGCCGUACUCUCAUUCACCUCCAUUUUCCGUUGUUUAUAUUUAAGGUUGUGCAAUUUUAUCUUUUUUACAGAAUAUAAAUUUAACUUAUAAUGUAUAUAGUAAAAAUGAAUGUUUCUUUUAUAUUCG